GUAUCAUCCAAAAAUAUUGUCCUUUAUAACGGGGUGAGCUUUUGAUAUGUUUAGUCUUAACCAAUUUUUUCUUUAUACAUAUACAUAUCCUUCCUGUCUUGACAGAAAUCGGCAAAUGGAAUUUGUUAAGCAUAACCAUCCACUAAUCCUUGAUGAAAACUUUUAUGGUGGUGAAGAAGAAGCUUGCUAUCUCUGUAAAGGGCGAUUACGCUCUCAAAUCAUACACUCUGUCUAUCGGUGCAGCAGCAGAAGUGAUGGCGGCAAUAUUGCUGAUGAAAAUGUUGAUUGUGUUAAACUGUUUGUGCACAAAAGCUGUGCAGAACUGCCCCUCAAAAUGACAGACUACUAUAAGCACCCACAACACCCUAUUACCCUUGUUUGUCCAAAAUUAAUGCCAUAUAAUCACCGGUCCCAACUCUGUUCUCUCUGUUUUUGGCCUCCACCGCAUACCGUAGUCUAUUCUUGCGAGUCGUGUGAUCUGACACUGUGUCUGCAAUGUGUUACAUGUCCAAUUGUUUAUCAUCCUAGUCACAAUCAACACGCACUUGUGCUAGUAGAGCGUAUGGCCACUUUUCUUUGUGACGCCUGUGGACUGGAAUCUGGCGGUUUCUCCUCAUGUAAAUGCAGCACAUGCCCCUUUUGGAUCCACACAGACUGUGCAAUCUUAUCUUCUUCCAGAAAAUUUCAAUUCCAUACACAUCCUCUUCUCUUGGCUUAUUCUUUUCCUCAACAAUAUCUUAAUUUCAAACGCAAGUGCUUAAUCUGCAAGCAGUUCAUAGUGCCAACACAAUGGAUUUACUAUUGUGCCGGUUGCAGAAUCUUUCUUCAUAUCGAUUGUGCUACAAGAAAUCCGAAGACGACAAUGAGGUGCUCAAGAUGGCUCCUGACGCUUUGGUUGGAUUCGGCUUGCUUGACCCUGUUCAAAAGUUGUCGUCAGGUGGCUGUGACAAUACUGUGCAGGUGUAGAAGUUGUCUAAUGGUACUUGAAAUAUGUAUUUCUUCCUUGCCAUUCGAUAACACAACGAUUGUUUGAGAGAUGUAGCUUGGGCUCCCAACUUGGGACUUCCAAAGCCUACAAUUUCAAGCCAAUCGCGGGAUGAUGCAGUGGUCAUUUGGAAUGGGGCAAUGUAUAGUGUUGCGUGACUUUAAGAAGCCUAUUUGGUGCGGUGCGGUGGUCAUUUGGA